AUGCUUUCUUUCGAUGCUUGGGGUUUUCCGAAUCGGCCCGGCCAAGACGAGUGCCAACAGUAUGUCCGAUGGGGAUGGUGCAGUUUCGGAGGAGCAUGCCGGUUUGACCAUCGCAGAGGUGAGUCUUUGCAAGGCUUUCAAGAGGGCUUCCUAGUGCAGAAAAUUGAAACAGAUGAAGAAGGUGCUGUCAAGUUCGACUUCUGGCUGGAGACGAGAAAUGAGCGGACGCCGAAUCACGAGUUUCCAAUUCCUGACGGAUCCUGGCCGCAGGCAUAUUCUCUGCCUGAUCCACGGCUUGAUGCCAGCCGUCCCCGACACGAGGGCAGGCUGUUCUUUCAAUGGGUUUCGAGAGUCGACCCCGAGUCGGAGGGUUCUGAGGAUGCGAGCCAGCUUCCUUUCACAAGUGGGCCAGUCGAGUCGUUUCCAGUUCCUCACAAUUCUUGGCAAUGUCGCUUCUGUGCAGGGGAGUGUGAAAUGUAUCGAAGGCAGCGGGACGAGAAAGAGCUCUGUUUGCUGAUCAACGUGAAGCGCCGUGAUCUGAAUCAGCUUCCAGCCCGACGAGCUGUUCUGUUCCAGCGAAACGGACAAACCGUUGCAGGAGUUGCAGUGAGUGAGAACAAGACUGUGAUAUUGGAGGAGCAUGUGUCGCACUCCUUCAUCCGUGAUGGUGUCCCGGUCCCUGCCCAGCUCCAAAUCCGACAGGCGCCGGGUAUGAAGCUCUCGUGGUGCGCCGUUCUUAUGCCGCCGGAAGCAUCUGAGCUGAUAAACGACAUCGAGAUGAAUGGCGACGCUCAGUACAUCAGUGAAAUGCAGGGCGCUCAGCCUUCUCCAUCCUCGGGGCCAUUCAAAGCGUGGCGGCAGCUGGAAAAAGAGUUGACUGAAAUUGAACGGGACUUGCGUCGACUGAACCGUUGGGAAAAGCUAGCCAUUGCUGCGCUGCAGCCCCGGAGCUCGGCGGCUUUUGAAGAUUUUCUGCAGAACGUCUUCCUUGACGCUAUGAUCCGUCUCGUGUACAAGCUCGCGAAACCUUGCCCGGAAACCUUCUGUGCCGCUCCACCGCUGCUCGUUUCAUUGGAGGAUGUUCAGAGUUGUCUGUUACGUCUUCUGAAGAGAGAAGGGCAGCUGCGAAAAGAAGUGCAGGAGAAGGCCAAGGUUGAUGACUUCAAAGCUUUGAUCGAACAUGAGCCAGACCGUGCCUUCGCGCAUCUCUGCAGUUGGGUGAGCGGGCGGUUCUCGGUUCACAAGACCUGCAGAGCCUGCAACAAGCCUGUCCUGUUUUGUCCGCUCUGCCUUGAGACCGCCUGCUGCGACAGGCCCUGCAGCAAGACCUUGAAGCCACAUGGACAAACUGCAAAAGACAUUCUCAUCAAAAGCUUCGUGGAGGUGAAAGGAGAACUGAGACAGCUGAAUAGCGAUCACUUGCGCUAUCUUCGACAAGAAGGUGGUCGGCUCGUUGACUUCUUGAAAGCUGCACCAACAACCCCAGCUAAUGGCUCCUUGAAGCAGUACAUCGGAGCCGAGUCCGAGGAAAAAGCCACAAAAUGCUUGCCGAAUUGGGUGCGUGGCGCCAAGUGCAGCAAAUGCCUGAAAAGAAAAGAGUUCGGGCUCUGCAGCUCUUGCCAAGAGAACAUGAGCUUGCAGGUUUGUGAGGAAUGUGGAGGAUCCUGCAGUUUGGUUUGCCCACUUUGCAGUGCGUUCUUUUGCCCUUGCAAGGACAGCACAUGCUGCUUCACCGGCCAGAUUCAUCCACCAAGCUUUGAGAGACUGCUGGACUUCGCCGUCAAGUUGUGCAGGGGCUCAGGGGACAGCGAUGUUGACAGCUUCCUGCUUUUCCUGCAGUCGUCGCGUUGUACCGUCCCCGUGCUCAACCAGAUUGCGUCGCAAGACGGCCCAACGGCCAAGAAGUUGGCAGGGAUCUGGCACUGGAUGAUUGGCAGAGGGGAGGCCACGGGCGAGUUGGGUUGCCCAUUCUGCGGGCAGCGCUUUCACGCACAUGAUGACAGUACAUGCGCAUUCAACCGCAGCCGGCAUCCGAGGAGUGCUGAUGAGUUGUGGAUUUGGUCGUUCAGGUUGUUAGAGAUGCAGCGCGCUGGCGGAGCUUGGGUACAGGAGAGGAUGUUCAAAAUGCUGUCAGACGUGGGCCCGCAACUGUGCACACAGCACGAUCUCGGAAAGUUGCUAUGCAAAUUGAGAGAGGGACAAAGUCCGCUGCUCGGAGGUGACGAGAUGAGGCGCUUCGUGAGGUCCUUCGACAACAAGGUGGCGGAAUUCCAAGCUGCAGAAGCCAGAUACAAUGCUCAUCAGGAGGCAGAUUCGCAGGAAAAGACAAAGGAUGCGAACAAAAAGAAGAUCGCAGAGGAGAGCUUGAAGACUGCCGCCCACGAGCUGGCGGCCUGUUUGCUGACAUGGAUGAAUGGAAACGUCGGCGAUGAUGGCAAGCAUUUUCUACGGUGUCCAAUGUGUGGCGAAGCAUUUUGCACAGAGGUCCCCGGCACCUGUCCUCAUGGGGACUCGCACCCCGACAACAUUGAUCAGCUUUGGGACUGGGCGCUUCAGAAGUGCGGCGCUGAGGCUAGCAAGGCUCGGUGGACGCGAGGAGGCACUCUUGCCAAGGCAUUACACGAGUUCUCGAAGCAGCAAACGACCAUCAAGAAGAUUUCCAACAACAUGAGGGCCAAGAGAGAAGCUGAGGCCAUGGGCCAGAAGCUCCGCUCCCAUGCGCUUGCGUCAUUCUUAAUGUGGCUGGGUGAUGGAGAGAGCCAGCCCCUGUGUUGCCCAUUUUGCCGGGAUCAGUUUGCCGAUGGUCACUGCUGUGGCAUGCAAGGCGACCGUCAUCCGUCACCGCUCGCAGAACUCUUCAAGUGGGUUCUUAGCAGCCACAUGGUAUCAAGAGCUCCCGCGGAGAAGGCCUUCGACAAGUGGUUGCAGGCGUGGGAUAGGUUUCUUGAUGCGGACGAACAAAUUGAGCAGCACAUGAAAGAGAUCUUGAGCAAGUCGUUCAUCAGCAUGUAUCAGGAAGAAGAGCUGGACAAGGAUGUGAGCCUUGCGAAGAGGGCGAGACUUGACAACCCUGGUUUCCAAGGAGUCAAGACCCUUCUGACGCUCAAAACGACGAUUCGAAACAGUUGGGUUCACGGCCAUGCAGACACAGUCACACAGAGCUUUCCAACAGCUCCGCAGGUCGCCAGACAACUUCUGGGCCUCGACCAUGCGUCAAGUUCUUCAGAAACCUUGGAGGGGUUUUGGGACAUGCAUGUGUUGCUGCCAGAUGGGCCUGUGGAAGACGUCAAGGAGAGCACUCGGAACCGGUUGAGGCAGAACUGGCAGAAGGAUCCUCCAAGAGGUUUCAAGUUCAAGGUGAGGUCGAAGCAUAUUUGUCUCACGCGCCGCGACGAGCGGCGGUUCAGGCAGCCUUGUAGGUCAUGCGAAAGACGUACUUGGCAGACUUGUUGGGAGGUUCACGGUGCUCCCGUGAACAAGCCAAUGUGCACAAGUACAGCGUGGUAUUGCCAAAGCUGCUGCUGGCUGCGUUUCAAUGCGCAUUUCUGCUGGCCGGACGAGCUCGCCUCCAAACCCCACACGUGGCGGGCCACAGAAUUGUGCUGUGAGCGUACAGGGAUGUAUUGGUACGGUCAUCAAAUCGCACACUGGGAUGAGGAGCCUGCUAUCAGCCGCUGGGAGCAGUUCCGGGGACGCUUCGAUGGUGGGAGGAAGGAGUGGGUCCAACUUCACAAGCACGUCGACUUUCCUCAGGGCAGCGAAUUGGAGGAGCCGCGAUACUGUGCAGCGGCAGACCUGGCAAACCUAUGGCGUGAUGUGUACCAGGGCAUCGAGCAUGCCGAGCGACUGGCCAAAAUCUCGCGCAGGGUCAUCGUUGCAGACUUGUCCUUGACGCGCACGGUGGCGAGGAUGCUAGCCGGAGGGAUCACGAACUUCAUGCUUGAUCGCUUUGGCCACGAAGUAACUGACAAGUUUCAGCUUCAGGACUUCUCCAGGGCGAUGGGCAAGAGCAGCCAGUCGGGAGAUGCAGAGGAUGCUGAGUUCUGGCCUGGUGACGAGGUCUACGUGCGGGAGGGCCCAUCACAUUGGCAGAAGGGCCUCGUGGAGAAGCUAAAUGUCGAUGGCAGUGUCCUGGUCCGACUGGACGUGGGUUGGGUCACCGAGCUCCGCCCAGAACAUUUGGAGGCGCCCACGAACGAGUGGGGUUAUCCGCUCCGACCUGGCCGCCCGGAAUGCCAACAUUACGAAAAAUACCUGUGGUGCCGGUAUGGCAGGAAGUGCUGGUACACGCAUUCCAGUGAUGCAGUCGGUCGUUUUUCGCGUCUCACCUUAGUGCAAACUGUUGGUUCAGACGACAGAGGUGCAGUCUUUCAGGUGCAAGCACGUAACGGACGUGAGGAGAGCGUUCCCAACAAAGCCUGGCCUUCAUGCUAUCGGAUCCCUUUGGCACCCUGUCCUGUCUACUGCCACAUCGGGGAGGGGGAUCAGAUCACGCAAGUCAAAGUUAGAAGCGCAGAUUUGAAGCGAUUUGGUUGUCAGCGCCAGGGCAGAAUUGUCCGCGAGCGCGACGGUGGGCCGACUCGCGUGGAAGUGCUUCGGCCUGACAACAUGGCAGACGUGACAGCUACCAAGUACCGUUGGUUAGGUGAUGGCAUACCUGUCCAUGGCCGACCGUUUGCAGUUGAGCUGGAAAUGCUUCAUAUGAUGUUCGAGCAGGAAUCCAAGCUGUAUGCUGUGUUCCCCCCACCUGAACUGUCGUUUGUCGGUGUAGAUGACAACCAGUACUUCAACGAACGGGAGCGGAUUCAGGACGCAACCUUGCAAGAGCCGAAAGCCAGGCAUUUCAAAUCCUGGGUCAGGUUGCAGAACGAGCUUACGAGCGUGCAAAACGACCUGCACAGCAUUCAGCCCGUGGACCGCUUGGCCAUUGCUGGCCUGAUGAUACGGAGCACCGCAGCCUUCGAAGACUUUUGUCGGACAUGCUUGGAAGAUGUCUUCAUCCGUCUUAUCCACUCCAUGCCAAUGUCUGUAGCAAGCCUUGCGGCCAAUCUGCCAAUCCAGGCAGGCUUCACUUGCGGUUGGGUGAGAUGGGCUGUGUGGAUUCUGCAGGAGCUUGUGUCUUGGCGGAAUCCUGAGGGCAUAAGCGCACCUGCAGAGGUGUUGGCCAAGAUACAAACUGACCAGGGGCUCUGGUGCCCGCUUUGUGACAGAACAUUUGCUUCCACAGCUUCGGACACCUGCUCCUUUGGGCAUGUGCACCCGCAGACAGCGGAUGACUUGUUGAGGUAUGCUAUGGAGCAGACGCUCACUAUUCACAUCAUGAAGCCGCCAAGCAAGAAGAAGUCGAACACCACGCGUUUGGACAGCAUGAUCCCUACGCUCAGUGAGUGGGAGGCUUUUCUUGCCCGCAUGUUGUGCCAUGCAUUCUCAGGAGAGGACGCUGCAAACGUGCAGGUGCUUACAUUCUUGACAAGCUGUGAAGUUGCAGUUUUCUUGGCAACUUGCAGGAGCAACUAUGCUCGCUUUGGAGCUGCAGACAUCGGAAGGACUGUUGAAAAAGUCCUGUCCCGGCAGCAGCUUGCUGUGCCUGGUGCUGCUGUGCCGCUCGAAGGGCCAAGGAGGAAGGGCUUCGAAACGCUCCUUAAACUCAAGUAUGGCAUCCGGUGCAUCAUAGCGCACGGCUCCGCAGAAGGCACGCUGCAAGGAGGGGUCCUGGCAAACGCCCCUACAGCCAGUAGGCUUUCACAGCAGCUCCUGUUCGGGGACGACGAAGGCCAAAAAAUAUGUGGCGAGUCCUCGCAGGACUGGGACUUGUAUGUUCUGAAAGCAUGGAGCGAUGUGGAGGGCAUCGACAGCGACUGGAGCAGAUUGCCAGUUGGCUUACCUGUCAGUAUUCGUACAAAGCAAUUCAAACUGAAAGACAGCUCGCUGAGCUCACUGAGUGUAGCACGACCCUACCUUGUCGCAGUUCCCACGCUGAUUACGCAGCCCCAGGUGACAGAGCUUGAGCCACGAGGGAGGCGGCUGGAUUUCAACAUGCAUCUCUGCUUACCGGAGGCUCUAGCCACGCUGCAGCCGCAUCUGUGGUCAAAGCUCAGUCUAUUUGAGCAUGAGCUUCGAGAAGGCCGCUACUUGGCAGGUGAACAGCGAUGGCACUUGGAUGUGGAUGAUGCUUCCAGCCGAAGGGAGUGGCUUUUAGAGCAAUUUGGGCGUCAUGAGCACAUCCAGCUCCAUCCCCAUCGCCAUUGCCCGCAGCCAGCAGAUGACGCAAGCGACAAGGAAAAGAUACGUUUCAGAGCCGCAGAGGAGGUGGCUACACAUUGGCGCGAGCUUUACGAGUCUUUCGAACAAUCUGAGAGGCAUUGCCCUGCCUCCUUGGAGUUGAUCUUGGCCGACCUGUCGCUCACCCAGUUGGCCGCCUCGACGCUGGCUGACGCGUUGAUAGAGAUUAUGAGGCGCCUGUUUGGCGUGGAUCUGGCGAAGCCAGUGUCCGGUGAGCCGACCACAUUGCCAUCCUUCAAGCAUGGCGGAUGCUGGCGCAGCGAGGCACCAAGCCGCCAAGCGGAUGUUCACCAAUUGGCCGCAUUUGCUGCGACUGCUUUGCAACAAGCUAGUGGUGCCGCAAGAGAGAGCUACAUAUGCGGAGCACCAUCAUCUCAACCAGCUUCAGCCGGGCAGGCUGGGCCGUCCCUGCACGCUAUUCAGCAAGCGGCCCAAGAACUUGUCGAUGCACGUGCUCGUGGAAUUGAGAUCACCUUCCGCGAUGCAGAAGAGAUCCGAGAGCAUCUGAGCUCGGAGUACCAGCUUGGCGUGUACCUGUGGCAGAAGGUGCGUGCUGGCCUCACUGUGCAUGUUCCCGAGGCGGGUAUAGACGCCCGAGCAAAACUCGCUGCAGAUUUCGGGGAGAUGCUCCAGGUUUUAGCUGCAGCCGAGGCUGGCCAAGGGGCCUGUCAUGCGCCCGUCGCUGCUCCUGCUCAGGUCUCAGCACCUCCGAUGCACAAUGCGCGUUGGGUGCCCGGCGAUGGCCUUUGCCAAUUUCACGCCUUGGCGCUGGCGGCAGAAGGGAACCGCCGGUGGAGUGAUAACUUGCUUGACAGAUCUCGUGAACUUCGACAGCUGGCCAUUGCAGAGCUCGGACAGAACAGAGAACGGUAUCAAGCAUUUUUCACAGCAGCCGAGACAGACGCAGCCUCCUACGAUGAGUAUUUGGAGAAGCUCCAAUCAGGUGUCGGGAGGGGAAGCCAUCUCACGUUGGAAGCCCUUACGCAGUGCGGAGCAAGCCGCAUGGUCAGCAUCUGUGUGCAUACUCGAGGAAACGCUCCCAGGUGGGCUGGAGUCGAAAACUAUGAAGGGCCAGGACACGUGGCUCUUUUUCUUGACAACCCUGGCGCCCGCUUUGCCCACUACUGGGCCAUUGUGGACUGA